AUGGGGGAGACUGUGGGGGAGACUGUGGGGGAGACUGAGGGGGAGACAGUGGGGGAGGCUACAGAAGAGCCAGAGGCAAGACUGAUCCCAGAGCUUGUGGGAAAGGAGCACUUUCCACGUCCUGUGAAAGUUGACCGGGCUCACCGCACAGCACAACAAGCCCAACCGGGCAAAUCACGGACUAUCUUGGCCCGGAUUCAUCACUUUCAGGAGAAAGAGCUGAUUUUGCAACGCAGCAGAAUACAACAGGGAUUUGAGUACAACGGGAAAAAGGUUCUGAUUUUCCCUGACUACACCAGUGAAGUGAUGACCCAAAGACGUGCCUUUCGAGAUGUGAUGCAGACCCUCCGGGACCACAAGAUCAAGCACACACUUCGCUACCCAGCAAGGCUCCACGUGUACUGGCGUAAUGGGGAAGCACCUGCAAUCUUCAAUGAUGCCAAAGAGGCGGCUUGGUCCUUGGAGCAACACAAGUCCUCCGAAAAGGAAUAA